CAACCUGCGAGACGCCACGCCGUCAGCUACUUGUGCUUCUGAGAGGGAGAGAAAGAGAGGGAAGGGAUGGAGGUACAGUAGUGGGGAACAGCACGGCACCGCACGGCACGGCACAGCACGUGAACGCAACGCUACACAAAAGAAAGAAACAGCAUCUUUGCGCACAAGUCAGACGGAUAUUUUUUUUGGCCGGGAGCGUCGCCGCGACUCGACAGUGAUGUCUGUGUGCAGAAUUUUAUUUAGUGAUAAAAUACGGAUUAAUCUGACGCUGUGAAUUCCUACUGCUGAUAGCACAGAUUGGGCAGCCAGACAGGUGCGAAUCGGAUUCCAUACCUUUGUGAUUGGAUGUGAGACUACUUUGACCCUGCAAAAUUGAAGAUGACGUUGCUAUGGAAACUGCUGGUGCUGCAGUCACUUAUGGGGUGCCUUGCAGAGAGCAGUGUCCUGCAGAGUCCUGUCUUUACCAAGCAGCCUGGCAGCAUCGUGUAUCCUGUGGAGACUGUGGAGAAGAACAGGGAGGUGGUGUUCAGCUGUGAAGCCCAGGGAAGCCCACCGCCCCUCUACCGGUGGAAACUGAAUGGCACAGAAAUCAGUCCUAAAUCAGGAUCUCACUACAGCCUUUCUGGAGGCAACCUCAGAAUCAGCCAUCUGAACAAAGACCAAGACGCUGGAACGUAUCAGUGCCUCGCCUCCAACUCUUUCGGGACCAUCGUGAGCCGAGAGGCCAGUCUAACCUUUGCAUACUUGGAAAACUUCAAGACUCACAGAAGAAGCUCCGUAUCGGUCCGUGAAGGUCAAGGAGUGGUUCUGCUGUGUGGCCCUCCACCACAUUCUGGAGAUCUUGUAUUUUCCUGGAUCUUUAAUGAGUACCCAACAUUUGUGAAGCAGGAUACUCGCCGAUUCAUCUCGCAGGAGACAGGAAAUCUGUACAUCGCCAAAGUGGAGCCCUCAGAUGUUGGCAACUACACCUGCGUGGUGACCAACACUGUCACAAAGACCAGAGUCCAGGGUCCGCCCACUCCGCUUGUGCUCCGCAGUGAUGGUGUGAUGGGUGAAUAUGAGCCAAAGAUUGAAGUUCAGUUUCCAGAGGUUGUUCAUGUUGCCAAAGGAUCCACUGUAAAGCUGGAAUGCUUCGCUCUGGGAAACCCGGUACCGUCUAUAAACUGGAGGAGGGUGGACGGUGUACCCUUUCCCAGGAAGGUGGACAUGAGGAAAGCCAGUGGCGUCUUGGAAAUCCCAUAUUUCCAGCAGGAGGACGCAGGCACAUAUGAGUGUGUGGCGGAGAACUCCAGGGGAAUGAACACAGUGAAAGGGAAGCUCUCUUUCUACGCCCCUCCUCAUCUCAUUGAGAAACCCCAAGAUGUCCAGAAGCUCAUCGAUGACUCGUUGGUGUGGGAGUGUAAAGCCACAGGGAAGCCAAAGCCUUCUUACAGGUGGAUGAAAAAUGGCGAGAACCUGGAGCCCACAGAGGAGCGCAUACAGGUCGCUAACGGAGCGAUGUCAAUCAGUCGUCUGACCCUGUCUGACACAGGAAUGUACCAGUGCGUGGCCGGGAAUAAGCACGGAGAGGUCUACUCCAAUGCAGAGCUCAGAGUUAUAGCUGUUGCCCCAGAUUUCUCUCACAACCAACUGAGGAGCCAGACACUGGUGAAGGUUGGAGGAGAUGUUCUCAUUGAGUGCAAGCCCAAGAUGUCUCCUUGGGGUGUGAUCUCUUGGCGAAAGGGCAAAGAGUCAAUCCAAGAAAGUAACAGGGUCUCCAUCUUGGACAAUGGCAACCUUCGGGUUUGGAAUGCAACCAAAUCUGAUGCAGGUCUCUACACCUGUGUGGCAAGAAACCAGUUUGGUUUUGCAAGCAGCACAGGAAGUGUCACAGUGAAAGAGCCGACCAUCAUCACCACCCAGCCAUCCACACUGGACAUCACCGUUGGGGAGAGUGUGGUCCUGCCCUGUCAAGUGAGCCACGACCCAUCCCUGGAGCUCAAGUUCACCUGGUUCUUCAACGAGCAGCUCAUCCACUUCGGGAGCCACGGUGGAUAUUUUGAAAAAGUCGGAGGUCAGCAUUCGGCAGGAGACAUUAUGAUUCGAAAUAUCCAGCUGAGGCACGCAGGGAAGUACACGUGUGCCGUGCAAACGAAGGUGGACAGCAUUUCCAUUGCUGUUGACUUGGUCGUGAGAGGUCCCCCAGGGCCCCCUACCAGCAUCCAUGUAGAAGAAAUCACUGAUACCACAGCCUCUCUGUCCUGGAGGCCUGGUCCUGAUAAUCACAGUCCAAUUACGGCAUACACCAUCCAGGCCAGGACACCAUUUUCCCUCGGGUGGCAGGCUGUCACCACAGUUCCUGAUGUGGUGGGGGGCCACCGGCUGACAGCUACAGUAAUAGACCUGAGCCCUUGGGUGGAGUAUGAGUUUCGAGUCCUGGCAAGCAACACCAUCGGGACCGGCGAGCCCAGCAAGCCAUCUAAACAAGCAAGGACAAAGGGGACCUCUCCGAAGGUCACACCAGCUAAUGUGAGUGGAGGCGGUGGCAGUCGCUCCGAAUUAGUCAUCACAUGGGAGCCGGUUCCAGAGGAACUGCAGAAUGGAGCGGGUUUCGGCUACGUCGUCGCUUUCCGACCCCACGGUGCCACGGGAUGGAUGCAGGCAGCUGUACCGUCCGCUGAAGCAUCCAAAUACGUCUUUAAAAACGACAGCAUCCAGCCCUUCUCGCCUUUCCAUGUGAAGGUCGGGGUUUACAACAAUGAAGGGGAAGGGCCAUUUGGACCUGUUACCACUAUCUACUCUGCUGAGGAAGAGCCUGGCCGAGCUCCCACCAGGGUCCGUGCCAAGAGCCUCUCUGCAUCCGAGAUUGAAGUCUCGUGGAAAGCUCUGCCCUGGAACGCCAGCAAAAAAAGAGUCCUGGGCUAUGAGCUGAGGUACUGGAGUAGAAGUGAAAGGGAAGACACGGCCAGUGUGCAAAAGACUGUAGGAAAUCAAACGUCUACUAUUAUCCGCGGGGUGAAAGGCAGCACCACAUAUUACAUCUCAGUGAGGGCGUAUAACACUGCUGGUACAGGGCCUCCCAGCUCCACGGUUAACGUUACCACCAAAAAACCACCACCCAGUCAGCCACCGGUUAAAGUGAUGUGGAACACAUCAAACUCUAAGAUUAUAUUGAACUGGGAGCAGGUCAAAGCCCUUGAGAAUGAGUCAGAGGUCACUGGUUACAAAGUGCUGUACAAGAAGAAUCGACACAGUCGCCCCAACGUCAUGGAAACCAACACAACCUCUGUAGAGCUCGCUUUGCCCACUGAUGAGGAUUAUAUCAUCCAGAUAAAGCCAUUUGGAGAGGGAGGGGAAGGCAGCAGUAGCAGGCAGAUCACCAUCCCAAGGAUACCAGGCCCCAACGCAGCCGGCUCCGCGUCCAAGGUCUCCACUCUAUCAGCCCUCAGUACAAUAGCACUGUCUUUCACAGCACGGACAUCUUUAUGACAAACGGCUCCCAGCAGACGUUGCAUCUGAUGUGGAGACAGCUCUACAGCGAAACGCAAACACAGCCCACUCUGGUGUAACUAGAUCCAUUCAUUUAGAUUUUAGAGGCAGAAGGAAGAAAUAAAAAAAUAUGCCAUUGAGAUGACAGGGAAGAAGUCCCCAUCAGCACCCAGGCUAAGUAAAGGAGAUUGAGCGAUGUCGUGACUAUGUUGUUACCAAAGCAGCUUUCAUAAGAAAAAAAUAAAGAGAAAAAAUGUCUUAUAUGCAUCUUUUUGUAUGACAUGUUGAGCUUUUUAUAGAUUUUUUUUCCUUAAUCAAUUUGAAGUCAGUCUGGGCUUACUGGGGCGAGAACAAUUAAGUGCAUGGCAAAUAACAUCAUCAAAUUUUCCAGUCUGGAGGUUAAGAAUGUGAUCUGACAGUGCACCUUUUAUCUUCUAAAAUAAGAUAAUACUUGUAGAUGAGAGUAGUUUCUUUUCUCCAAGUGAAUGAAAUAUUAACCGUUAUCUGUUAUCUCUGCAUUUCUGUUUCUGCAAUAUUUUUAAAAUGUUUCACUUGAAGGACUGUAUCGACAUGGGUGUUUGUCACUAUUGGUCAUCUUACCUUAUCUUAAAGAGGAUUAGCAUUUAAAACAUCUCACUCCAGAAAGCACAUCCUAAUACCUUACAAUUCUAGUAAAGUGUUAGUGUCAGCAAAAUGGAUGAAAUUAGCAUCUUUAGUUAUUCAAAAUGUAAUUUACUCAUGAAGUUUCUCUGUGUAUGUCAUGAAUCAGCAGAAAAUGUAUAAUAAGAAACUAUUUUAACUUUGGGUUAUCCUCCUAAAUCAAAUGCUUAGUGGCACUAAUUAGCCUACAUAUAGGACAUAUUGGCACUUGGUCAAGUCUGCAGUACUCACAUAUAAUAUGUGCACUGAAUUAUAAGUCGUUGUAAUCAUUCGUCUUGUCCAUACUGGCCCGUGUCAGUAUGACUUAACAAAGAUUAGGCUAACUGCUGUAGCAGUUUGAGUUAGCUAAAUCAAAAAGCUAUUUUCAAAAAAUCCAGUUGUUUGUUUUUUUUUUUGUUUUUUUUAGAAAUUCCCCUCUUUGUGUAAUUCCUAAUGUUUCCUUGCUGAGGUACAGUAAGUAAAUAUGAGUUUGCUGCUAAGAAUAAUACACUGACAAUAAACUAACAUUACUACCGGUACUAAGAUUCCAACUUGAUUAGGCAAAGUGCAAUACUGAAGCUUCUUGUUAGCUUCUGCUGAGUUGUAGAUUACACUGGAAGUGCACUCUGAAGGGAUCACUUCAAGCAACCAAUAACUCUUUCAGCCAUUUUUCAUUAUGGUUCAUCAUACCAAGUAGUGUAGGUGAAGAGAUAAUUAUCAUUUAAAAUCAACUGUCUCUAGUCAGCACAUACUUACUGACUUAAGGUUAUCCUCUUGAAUCAGAUAAUGCUAACGUCACCUAUAUAAAGUAGGGAUUUUUGUCGUCCUUCUUAAUUCAGUACUCACCAUAUGUAUACAUUGAGUCAGGAAGCAUCGUUAUCAUUCUUUCUGUCCAUAAGGGCCCUUAUCAUAAUGACUAAACUGCAAAAUAUGGGGCUAACAUGAAGAGUUAGCUAAAUCAAAUAGCUCUCUUCCAAAUUUCAGUUUUUUUACCCGUAUGAAAUCCACUCUUCUUCCAAAUGAUUCCUUGUUGAGGCGUUGCAGAGAGAUACAUCCCAGUAGGUCCAUGCAAGUUUGUUGCUAGGAUAAUUCCCUGACUUGAUCUACUUGAUUUUUGAUUUUACUGAAAAAUGCUAAAGCCUCUUAGCUUCUCCUGGACUGUACUGUACAUUAUAGGUCCACUCAAAAGGGAUUGUUUCAUGAAUAAUUACAGCGAUGAUAACUUUUUCAGUGUACAUAUGGCAUGAAAAAUAAAACAAAACCUUUCCUUUAACAUACUUGAUGUGAAUGCAUUAGUGUGAGGAAUCAUCAUUGUUCUGACCUCUGACCUCCCAUUAGUCUAAUGCAUAGAUACAUAUGUCUGAAAAUACACACAGUAGUCCAGUGACCGCUGAUGUGCUUCUUAACAUAGGAAUGCUAGAAAAAAAUUACUUGGUUAGGGUAAGAGAAAGAUCACUCUGACAAUUUGACCACUGGAACAAUGGCAUGGCACCAUUUUUGGUGGCAGUCCUCUUGGGGAAGGUGACGAAGUACUCAAGUCGAUGGGGUCCUUAAAACCAUCCAUGUGAUAGUUUCUGACCUUGUUACCAGAAAAAGCAGCAUGCUAUUUUGGAGAACAUCUCCCCUGGGCUCUUCUACCCUGGCUAUUGAACUGCACUGGUGACUGGACCCUUGUGGGUGUCUCAUGCUCCUCAUUCUUUCAGUUAGCCCUGUGUCUAGAGCUAUUCUUUGCCUUCUGUGUGCCUCAUCAUAUGUUCAAAAUCCUCAGGUCCUUAAAGAGCCUUAACUUAUCAUGUAUAUCAAAACAUUAGGAACAUAGAACUAUGAAGCAGCCGCGGUGAUGUUUACAUGCUGCUGUGUUGAUAGAUACUGUAUGUGUUGGGAUCGGGGCCAGCAUCCUUUGUGCAAUGCUGAGGACACCAAGGUUAGUUUAAAUGGCAUUCUGCUGUUUCGCAUGGGAUAUUGGCAAUAUAUGAGGCCUGGAGCAUUUUUAUAGGUGUGUAUUCUUAUUAAAAGACGAUGCUGCUGAUCUUUUCCUUUUCCCAUAGUCUCCUGAUGCCAUGUGGGACUGCUGUGCUACAGAGGUACAGUGCGGUCUGUAUGUAGCUUGUAAUCCAGUUAAGUAGUUUGUACUUUGAAGGGAAGUGAACUGUAGGCUGCUGGGUCUUCAUGCAUCAAGAAAUGUGUAAUAUACUGUUUUGUACACUUCAAAUCAUUUAUAUAAAAGAACCUUUCUAAAGAGAUGAUUUACUUGGUUUUUAUGUAAUAACUCUGUUUCAUACUGUAGCUAACUGUUGCUCAGCAUGACUGUACUUUGUCCUCUCUCUUCUGUUCAUCUGCAAACUGACUGAAUGGCUUUAGGAACAUGCAAGGUUCACGCAUCUGGUUUGUGUAUACUGUAUGUGUACCAUGAAAUCUGAACCAUGAUCAGCCCCAUGUCUAUGCUUCUGUCUCAGUCCGCCCCUCGGAGAUGUACUGGGUCUACUGUCCAUAUACGCUCUACGUGAGGGUUCCCUCUGUUGCUGUUUGUUGUUUAUACUGUGUUAAUAAAGAUUAUUGAUUUAUAGAACAA